AUGCUGUCAAGAACAACAGCCACCCCGUUGGCCCGGGUGGCUGCUCGGCCUGCCUGCAGCGUCGCCACACAGCAGCAGCCGGCGAGGUCUUUCGCGACCGUCCAGGAUGGCACGCCCGCCCCGAAGCGCACGUACGGCGGUCUCAGGGACCAGGACCGCAUCUUUCAGAACCUCUACGGCAGGUAUCCGCCGGACCUGAAGCACGCAAAGAAGAUGGGCGACUGGCACAAGACCAAGGAGAUACUACUCAAGGGCCACGACUGGAUCAUUGGAGAGAUCAAGGCUUCGGGUCUGCGAGGGCGUGGAGGUGCCGGUUUCCCGUCGGGUCUGAAAUGGUCAUUCAUGAACUUCAAGGACUGGGACAAGGACAACAAGCCCCGGUACCUGGUCGUCAACGCAGACGAGGGCGAGCCCGGAACAUGCAAGGACCGUGAGAUUAUGCGCAAGGACCCUCACAAGCUUAUCGAGGGAUGUCUUGUUGCAGGACGUGCCAUGAACGCAACGGCUGCCUACAUCUACAUCCGUGGAGAGUUCUACCACGAGGCUGCAGUUCUCCAGGGCGCCAUCAACGAGGCGUACGCCGACGGCCUCAUCGGCAAGAACGCCUGCGGCUCCGGCUACGACUUUGACGUUUUCGUCCACCGUGGAGGUGGUGCGUACGUCUGUGGUGAGGAGACGUCCCUGAUCGAGUCUCUCGAGGGCAAGGCCGGCAAGCCGCGUCUCAAGCCUCCGUUCCCUGCCGCCGUUGGUCUGUUCGGCUGCCCGUCGACUGUUGCCAACGUUGAGACCGUCGCUGUCGCCCCUACAAUCUGCCGUCGAGGUGGCUCAUGGUUCGCCGGCUUUGGCCGCGAGCGUAACCAGGGCACCAAGCUGUUCUGCAUCAGUGGUCAGGUCAACAACCCUUGCACGGUCGAGGAGGAAAUGUCCAUCCCGAUGCGGGAGCUGAUUGAGAAGCACUGCGGUGGCGUCCGUGGUGGUUGGGACAACCUGCUCGCCGUCAUCCCCGGUGGCUCGUCCACUCCCAUCCUGCCCAAGCACGUCUGCGACGACCAGCUGAUGGACUUUGACGCGCUCAAGGACAGCCAGUCCGGUCUGGGAACUGCCGCCGUCAUCGUCAUGGACAAGAGCGCCGACGUUGUGCGCGCCAUUGCCCGCCUCUCACAUUUCUACCGCCACGAGUCCUGCGGCCAGUGCACGCCCUGCCGUGAGGGUAGCAAGUGGACCGAGCAGAUCAUGCACAGGUUCGAGCACGGCCAGGGCCGCGUUCGUGAGAUUGACAUGCUUCAGGAGCUGACCAAGCAGGUUGAGGGACACACCAUUUGCGCUCUGGGAGAGGCUUUCGCCUGGCCCAUUCAGGGACUUAUCCGCCACUUCCGCCCUGAGCUGGAGAAGCGCAUGGCGGACUUUGCCGAGAAGACUGGAGGCGAGGCUUUGGCUGGUGGUUGGACCCAUGACACGAGGCAGCAGGGCAAGCUUGUUGCUCCGGGUCAGUAA